AUGGUAGUCAUGCCCAGCCGUCUGGACGCCUUCGUCAAGUCGAUCAUUUUCCCUCGCCCGAAAGUCGCCACCUAUGACACCUCCACCCGUCCUAACAAACUCGUCCACAUCCCCCUUGUCGACCCACUCACCCAUCUCGAAACCGGCGUCUUCACCUACGGCUACCUGCUCGUGAACCCCAAGGCCACACACGUUCUUUUGUAUGCCCACCCCAAUGCCGUAGACAUCGGGAUAGCCUACAAGGAGCUCCGAUACGUGGGCAAAGAGGCCUCCGUCAGCGUGUUGCUCUUCGAGUACUCCGGCUAUGGUCUCACCCACACUCCCAUCACCGAGGCGAGCAUUCAUCAAGACACGCUUUCUGCCUACUUCUUCCUGUGCCGCUACUUUGGUGUGUCUGCAAAUCAAGUUAUCCUCUGCGGCCGCUCACUUGGCUCCUCUCCCGCCGCAUUCUUGGCCGCUUUCCUUCCGCCGCCCCUGAGCCCCUGCCUGCUCAUUCUCCAAUGCCCUUUCACUGCGCUUAGCGACUGCAUCAACGAGUUCUCGCAGAACGCUGUGUCCAUUGCGAACUUUCUGGGCUACAACUGGUUUCGCACAAUCGACAUAAUUACAGACGUAAGUUGCCCAGUUGUGCUUCAUCACGGCACCCACGAUACCACUGUGAGCAUCGACCACUCCUACGCUCUUCAGCGGGCCCGUGACACCGCUGCGAAACCAUGCGUGACCUACCUUUACCAGGAGGACGGUAAAGGCCACAAUGACCUCAGCUCUGCCACUUUGGUUCGCAUCAUUAGAGAGCGCGUCGUCACGGAGGCCCUCCCACCGCUGACGCUGCACCACUCGAGGCUCUUCUUGGCGAACUCGCCGGUCUACGAGCGACUUUUCUGCAACGAAAGCGGGUCGGGGUUUGCCACGUUGAAGGAGGCCACGGCGUCCUGGUCGGCAAAGUUGUCCCUUCACUUUUGCGCACCGCCGCUAGAUCGGCUGUAUGUGCUGCUCACAGCGAGUGUGUGCGCCUUCACAAUGAAAUGCGCGCGAGCGUGGCAGACGUACUGCGCCAUCAUAAAAAAGAAUUUGUGUGGCGACGCGGUGCAGGAGCGCUGCCCAAAGGAUGUGUUCAUACGCCGGUGCCUGGCGUGCUGGGGGAGUCCCCUUGCCGUCCACAUCGCCGUACAGAGUGUGAACUCGACGCGAGAGGUGUGCUGCUUCGGCUUCGCCACCUGCCGUGACGCAAUGCUGGAUGCACCGGCUCUGUACCAGACAAAAUCCACAGAGCCACUUCUAAGCGUGCUGGAAAUCGCUGUGACGCCCGGCCUCUUGUCGUGCAUGAGGCGGUGCCUCAUUACCGCUCCUAACAUGCUGGAGGAUGACGAGAUACCAUGCUUUGUGCAGCACGACACAGUUGGCGCAUUGCAACUCGAGUGUGAACGUGCCGUGGCUUUUCUAACCAACGAAGACAAGCAGCGCCUGUGUGCCUUUCUGAAGGACAUGGACGCCGGCUUCAGCAAGAAUCUCACCACCAAGGCAUAUGAGCGACUGCGGCGCUCAUCCUCCAAGUCUCCCACAAAGGGUUCAGAGUCGUUUGAGGAGCUGAAGGAGUGGCUUCGGCCGUGGAUGCGCGCGAGUGGGACAGACAUGCAAGCGCUGGCGCAGGAGGUACCAUGGGACGACUACCUUCUGCGCGGCCGGUCUGCUGCUCACCAGCGCGUGCUGAGUGAGACCAUGAGCUGGACGGAGUGCUGCCAAGCAAUGGAGGAGAGCGAAGUGGUGUUGCAGAUCUACACUCUCUUUCAAGAGAUGUCCGCGCAGUAUAUGCGGCCCACAUUUGACUCUCAUGCCGCCGCCGCGGCACCGACUGCUUGA